AUGGCUAUCGAUGGUGCAUAUCCCCCCGCAACUCUUCCAGCCGGCGACACCAAGACUGAAUCAGAGUCUGCCGCUAUAACAGCCGCUGCUCAUCCUCUCUCUGCCCUCCCCACCCCCGUUCUCCUUCGCUCCCUGCUCAUUGCUACCAUUUCCUCGAAACCCUCCCUCCUCAUCCCCUCCCUCUCAGCCUUGUCAUUCCUCUGCAAGCCCCGCGCUGGUCCUCUGCUCAAUGUCGACCGGAAUCCCAUCCUGCACUUUAUCCUCAAAGCAACCUUUUACAGACAGUUCUGUGCCGGUGAGACGCCCGACGAAGUGCGCUCAACCAUCCGCCAGCUCGCCGGUAUGGGGUUCCAGGGAACAAUCAUGACAUAUGCGAAGGAAUCGGUGUUUGAUGCAAAGACCAAGAUGCAGACGGGCUUGGGCGUUAGUACCAAGAUGUCCGGGAAACAGGAAGUUACCGAGCCCACGUUGGCCAGGGGCGAGGCCUUUUGCCCGCAGAUAGAAGCGUGGAGGAAGGAGACUGUCGAGACGAUUGAGCUACUGGGCGCGAAUGAUUACCUGGCUCUAAAGUUGGCGUACCUGAAGAGCACACCCGCCACAAUUGCACGGCAUCUCCAAGCUGCAAGCGACGUGGGGUUUACGCUAGGACUUAAACUUGUUCGUGGCGCAUACAUUUUCUCAGACGAGCGGAGCCUGAUCCACGAGACGAAGGCGGAUACAGAUGCGGCUUAUAACGGGAUUGCACAGGGGGUGCUGUGCCGGCAGCUCGGCGCGUUCGGGACAGAGAAGCCGUUCCCAUCUGUGGAGUUGUUCCUGGCGAGCCAUAAUAAGGAGAGUGUCAUGAAGGCGCAUGCGCUUCGACUGCAGAGACUGAAGGAGGGAUUGCCGACUGUGCCGGUGGGAUUCGGGCAGCUGCAUGGGAUAUCCGAUGAGGUGAGCUUUAGGUUGUUAACGCUGAAGAAUGAGCGUAACGAGCCGAUGGUGUAUAAGUGCUCGACCUGGGGCAGGCUGAGCGAGUGUCUGGCAUACCUGGUAAGGAGGGCGGUUGAGAAUCGGGACGCGGUAGGCCGGACGGAGGAUGAGUAUCGAGCCCUGAAGAGGGAGAUGGCUAGAAGGUCAUGGUACUCCUUACUUUAG